ACGCCGAAGGACUUUGUUGCCCCCCGCGGCAUCUGGUGCUCCCCGUGACAUGAAGGAGCCAUCUGUUUUGGCUCAACUCAUCCAAUCCUACGCUCGAGCCCGGAAGCUCAACAGAGGCAAGCAGCUCCACGCCCAUUUGAUCUCCCUCGGCGGCGUCCCGUCCACCUUCGUCGCCAACCAUCUCAUCAACAUGUAUGCAAAAUGUGGCGACAUCCACCACGCUGCCGCCCUGUUCGACGGAAUGACGCAGAGAAACCUGGUCAGCUGGUCUGCCAUGAUCUCCGGGUUCUCCCAGAACGGCCAGGCUCUUGAAGCCCUCCGAACCUUCUCGCUGAUGUGCGGUGCGGGUGUGAGGCCUACGGAGUUCGCAUUCUCCAGUGCGAUUCAGGCUUCCGCGUCCUUCGGGUCGUUGGCGUACGGUAGACAGAUGCAUUGCUCGAGUGUGAAGUUGGGUUUUGACGAUGAACUGUUUGUCGGAAGCAACCUCGCCGAGAUGUACGCUGGAUGUGGAUCUUUGGUUGAGGCCCGUCUGGUCUUCGAGGAGAUGCCAUGGAAAGACGAGGUGUCCUGGACCACCAUGAUAGAUGGGUACGCAAAGAAUGGGAAUUUCGAGGACGCACUUCGGGCAUUUAAGGAGAUGAUCGAUGCAGGUAGGAUCACCAUCGAUCAGCAUGCUUUAUGUAGUGCCUUGAAUGCGUGUGCUGGCCUGAAGGCCUACAGAUUUGGUCAGUCUCUUCAUUCAUCCGUCGUGAAGUUGGGUCUGGAAUCGGAGACUUUUAUUGUCAAUGCGCUGACGGACAUGUAUGCAAAGGCUGGAGACAUGGACAGUGCUUCGAGCGUCGCCAAGAAGGUGGGUUCCGACUGGAACGUGGUUUCCUGCAGUUCUUUGAUCGAUGGGUAUGUCGAGAUGAACCAGUUCGAGGAAGCUUUGAGAACAUACGUUGACUGUAGAAGACAAGGAACAGAGCCUAAUGAGUUCACUUUCUCGAGCAUGGUCAAGGCUUGUGCAAACCAAGCAGUGCUGGAACAAGGGACUCAGUUCCAUGCCCAAGUGAUCAAAACAAGCUUUGACAUGGACCCAUACGUUUCUUCCUCCCUCGUCGACAUGUACGGCAAGUGCGGGAUCCUCAAGUGUUCGAUUCAGCUGUUUGGAGAGAUUCAGCACGCCAGUGAUGCUGCCUGGAAUUCGAUGGUGGGUGCGCUUGCACACCAUGGCCGUGGCAAGGAAGCAGUAGAGGCCUUCCAUCGAAUGGUGGCCGGAGGAUGCAAACCAAAUCAUAUCAGUUUCGUUAACCUGUUAAUGGCGUGCAGCCAUUCCGGGCUGGUGGAAUCAGGACUAGAGUACUUCCACUCCAUGCACAAAACAUAUGGUGUGGAACCUGCAGAGGAGCAUUACUCUUGUGUCAUAGAUAUGCUUGCUCGAGCUGGAAGACUUGAGGAAGUCAAAGAUUUCAUCGGCCGAAUGCCGUUUGAGCCUAACGCUUAUGGCUGGUGUUCUUUGCUUGGAGCGUGCAGGACACAUGGAGACGUAGAACUGGGUGAGUUUGCUGCAGAAAAGCUGAUGAAGCUGGAGCCCGGCAACACAGGGAUCCAUGUCCUGCUGUCGACUAUGUAUGCCUCGAUGGGUCACUGGGAGGAUGUGAAAGCUGCAAGGAAGUUGAUGAGGGACAGCAGGGUGAAGAAGUUGCCUGGUUUCAGCUGGGUGGAUGUCGACAACAAGGCCCAUGUUUUUGGUGCCGAUGACCCUUCACACCCACAGAUAAAGGAGAUCCAUGAGAAGCUUGAGGAGCUCUCGGUUAAACUAAGUCAAGCAGGGUAUGUUCCUGUGACAGCUUCUGUGGCUUCUAAUCUGGAAGAAGGAUCGAGGGGGAGAUCGCUGCAUCAUCACAGUGAGAGGAUUGCAGUUGCAUUCGCGCUGAUCAGCACUCCACCCACAAAGCCUAUCAUCGUUAAGAAGAAUCUACGGAUCUGCAUGGAUUGCCACUCGGCGAUCAAGCUCAUAUCACAGAUCGAAUCGAGAGAGAUCAUAGUUCGGGACAACGCAAGAUUUCACCACUUUGCAGAUGGAAUGUGUUCAUGUGGUGAUUACUGGUGAUUCCUUUCAUUUCAGCCCACCUCAACAAAAGCAAUUAUCAUUUCAAGCUUCAUUCUUUUAAUUAGUCUGAUUGAUUUUUGAGCAAGGAAAUUAUGAAAUGGAUAAAUUAUGAGCAAGGUACAUUCAUUCUUGGCCUUAUUCAGUUUAUAUAUAUAUAUAAAGCCUUGAUA